UGAGGAGGGGGAUGGGCGCUCCUGCGACUGUAAGGAUCCGAGACAGAGUCAGAGCCCCGUAUCACAUACAGCAGCAUAUACCCCAUUAUAAAUAGCGACUGUAAAUAUUCAAUACACUCAAAUAAAUGGAUUUAUCCACCGGGGAUCUAUCGUAGACACUCAAUGGAUGCACUGCACCUGAACAGGACAGGGAGUUUAACUUUCCUUCUAUGUGUGGGAGACACUGAGAAGUUUGUUUCCUACCCCUGGAGAGGGAGCUACUUUUAAGGGCAAAGGAUACAGGAGACACCGAGGCCGACGUCAGGCCUACUGGUCUGGUUGGAUUUGAUGUUGGGAUACUCUGAGGACUUCCUUCUGUACAUGAAUUCGCCUCGCUUGUACAAGUUUGGAAUGCCUCUUUAGGCCCCCCAUGACCGUGAGCCGUGGGCUACGGCUCGGCGGCGCCCCACCUCUGGAGCGGUCUGCCGCUUUAGUUGGGAACCUGUGAUUUCCCCUUCCCCUCCCCCCUUUCCCCCCCUUCCCCCUCACCUCUCCCCCUCCCUCCCUUCCCCCCCUCCCCUCCCCGUCCCAUCCUGCCCUCCUCCCCCCUCUUCCCCCCACUCCCACGCGUCGCUGUGCUGGACGUCAUGAGCAUAGUAAUCGCGCUGGGAGUCACCACACCUGAAACGUCUUACUCAGAUAUGGCUGCUGGAUCAGACCCUGAGUCAGUUGAAGCAAGCCCCGCCGUGAAUGAGAAAAACUACAACAACCACAGCUGUGGGAGCGCACAGAGUCAUGGGUAUCGGGGACUACCAUAUGCUAUGCAACAGUCUUCCGUUGUGUGUUGUCAGGAUCACAACUAUGGCGCGCCCCCUCCCCCUACCCCACCCGCCUCCCCGCUCUCCCAAACCAUCAUUCCCCGCAUGGACCUCAACGGCGUGGUACGCAGCUCCCGCUAUCACGACACCACCGAGGACAACUCCGCCGACAGCGACAGCUCCUCAGAGGAGGACGGGGCCGUGGCCAACUGGUGUCACUGCAGCCUGACGCAGGAUGGCCUGCUCAUCAAAUGUGACAACUGCAGUUGCAGGGGACUGGACAGGAGGAAAGGAGCAGAAGGCCAACACAGGAAAACAGAAAAUGUCUCAGCUGGAGAGAGCAGCGCCACAGAGAGCGGCGACGAAGAGGUGUCACCCUCCACCAUCUCCUACACCGCCACCCAGCACACGCCCACCAGCAUCAAACUCACAGUCAACCGGGUCAAAAGAAGCAAAUCCAAAAAGAGGAAAAAGAGCACAGAGAAGGCUCGCGGAACGCCGAAGGGCAAGAAAGUCAAGGCGUUCAGAGAGGGUUCUAGGAAGUCUAUGAGGAUGAAGAACUCGACCACAGAGGCUAACGUGCUGGACGAGAACACGGCAGAGGGAUGGGAGAGCAGGAUCCGCCAGUGGACGGACCAGUACGACGAGGCUCUGGCCAACCAGUACAGCGCCGACGUCCUGACGCUGCUCCAGCUCCACCGCGCCGCAAGCACCAACGUCUCCAAGACGGAGGGAGACGGGGCAACGCCUCCCGCCACCACGCAGAUCCACGCAUCGCUCGACGCCAUGGACACCAUCAACCGCACGGAGCUGGCCUGUAACAACACGGUGCUGGGCUCACAGAUGCAGCUGCAGGUGGGGCGGGUCACACGGGUGCAGAAACACAGAAAGACCCUCCGAGCCGCCAAGAACCUGGAACCAGACACUCUCAUCAUUGAAUAUCGGGGGAAGGUGAUGCUCAAGCAACAGUUUGAGGUCAACGGGCACUUCUUCAAAAAACCCUACCCUUUCGUGCUGUUCUACUCGAAGUUUAACGAUGUAGAGAUGUGUGUUGAUGCUCGGACUUUUGGAAACGAUGCCCGUUUCAUCAGGAGGUCCUGCACACCCAACGCUGAGGUUCGGCAUAUGAUAGCUGAAGGCAUGAUCCACCUGUGUAUCUACGCUGUCAGUCAAAUCACAAAGGACGCUGAGGUCACCAUUGGAUUUGACUACGAGUUCAAUAGCUGUAAUUACAAAGUGGACUGUGCCUGCCAUAAGGGCAACCAGAACUGCCCGGUGCAGAAACACAACCUUCGCCCCAGGGAGAGCUUGCUGAGUCCCCCCUCCCUGCCGCCCCCCUCGCCCCUGGUCGGAGCUGAGACCCGACGGCGGAAGGCCCGCAGGAGAGAGCUGGAGGGCAGCCUGAGCGGGGACGGCAGCCAGACCCUCGACCAGCACCAGGAGGUCAAAGACCUGCAAGGGACCAGUGAUGCAGAGGAGAGACUGCUGGAUGAGAUGAAGUUGGAAGAGGGAGAAGAAGGAGAGGUGGAUGAAAAUGGGGUUGCCAUCUCCAGUAAAAGAACAUUUAAUAGUCUGGAAAGGAGGCGGAGGAGAGUGGGAGGAGCAGAUGUAAAGGAGGAGGGUGUGGAAACUGAGGAGGGGGCAGGAAACCCCGCCGGAAACCCUGCCGGAAACACCCCCGCAACCCACAACGCAGGAGUUGGGGUCAGCACACGACGCACCACCUAUGUCGUGGAGGCUCCAUCUAUUGAAGAUAAGACCUCACUAACCAGCCUGCCCGCCCCAGCCGCUCCACCUAAACCCGCACGACCCAGCAAGCCCCGGCCCAAAAGUCGAAUCUCUCGCUACCGCUCCAGCUCAUCCCAGCGCGCCCGGCGGCAGCGUCAAGCCCUCGCGCAGCAGGCGGCGGCUGCCGCGGCCGCCGCAGCAGUGGCAGCCACACCGUCAUCCUCUGAGCAGGGCGCCGCUCUGGACGAGGAGGGAUCUCAGGGCCCGUACGGUGCUGAGCUAGGUCACGGGGAGAGCGGGCAGGGACCCAGUCAUCUCCUAGACGGGGACGGUCAUGGUCUAAGCUGCAUCAACAGAGGCAACCUGCGUUACCCCAAAACCAAGAAGUACCUGGUGACAGAGUGGUUAAACGACAAGAUACCCGGAGGGGAGAAGGUCCACCAAGAGUUGCCUGUGGAGCGGCCGCUGCGGAUAACCACUGACCCCACGGUGCUGGCCACCACCCUCAACAUGCUGCCAGGCCUCUCCCACUCAUCGCUCAUCUGCACCGCACCCAGACACUACGUCCGCUUCGGCUCUCCGUUCAACCCCGAGAGACACCGGCCCCGCCCGCUCCAAAUGGACGGCACUUAUGGCUGCUUCAAAAAGAGGUGGAUCAAGCAGGUAGAAGAUGAAAGCUACUCAGCCAGUGUGGAGGACGGCACAGAGUCCACCUCCUCCCAGCAAAGUACCAGCAGCAGAUCCACCCCCAACCCACUGUCCAGCGAUCUGAAUGCACCGUUCAAGAAACGCCGCGCCAAGUACAUGCUGGAGAUGACACCAGCACCUUCAGACCACCUGCUUCGCCCGCUGUCACCCAUCACGCCGCCCCUCCCAGAGGACCCCCUCCACCCGCUGCUCCACAACCCCUGCGGCUCGCUGCUGCCCAACGGCCUGGUGUACUCGCCCAUGCCCUCACUGCCCGCCAGCCGCUGCAACACGCCGCUGCAAUUUGAAAACAUAUCAUCCCCUGAGGCCUCUCCUGUUCACCGGCCGGAGUCCAUCUCUCCUGAGCCGUGUCUCCAGACAGACUUUGACGUCCCUCGACCCCAGUUCCCAGACUUGUCGCUCCCCUCCAGCUUGGAGAGCCCCGUGGCCGUCACCUCCGAUGACUUCUCGCUUCCCGGAGUCCCCUCGGGCCACGAUUCCCAGGGCCCCUCCUCUGUAGGGGCCAGCUCCCUAAACCCAGGCGCCACCUCAGACCUAACCCCCCAAAACAGGGAGCAGGCCUUCAGGACAGAGUUCAACCUCAUAUACACCUGCUCACCUCUCAACGCCAACCUGGGGAACCCCGUGGCCACCGACCGCCGCCUCUCCCAAUCGGAGGGAGGCUUCUCCCCGGCAGAGUCCUUCCACAGUUCCAUAAGCGGCCAGGGCCUGCUGGGAGACAUGGGCCCCGGCUCCAUGUCGCCCUACGGUGAGCCUCAUUACGGUGGAGGCUACCCAGAUAGUGGCACACCUCCUCACACCAGCAACCCACCACAAAAAAAGAAGGUGUCAUUGCUGGAGUACAGGAAGAGGAAGCAGGGCAGCGGGCGCGACCCAGAGCCGGCAGGCGCCGGCGGCAGCAGCAGCUCGUCCCUGGGCGGCACUCCCACUCGGCCCGCCUCCCACUACAGCCAGGACUCCUCCCAUCACCUCCAUCCCCAUUCCCACCUCCACCACCCCCAGAUGCAGCCGCCGGCCUCCCCGCACAGCUCUUUCUCUUCUACGGCGCAGACCCCCUCCAUACCACAGAUAGAGGAGGUCAGUCCCCCAGACCACCAGGGCUCAGCGGUGCAGUCCAGACGCUCAGAGAGCAACAACCAGUGGAUGGUUCCCACCAGUGUUGAACGUCUAAGGGAAGGUCAGGGGGUUCUGGAGCGGGUGCUCAGAAGCAUCAAGAUGGAGCGACCAUACAAGAGGAGUGACGGCUCUACAGAGAAAGAAUCUGAUGCAGAGCGGUAUGAGAUGCAGGCUGUGUCCAUGGCUUCUCCUAUGAAGAGUCCACACAGAUACAGUCCAUCUGUGUAUCCACACCAGUCAUCAGAAACUCACCGGCAGACCGACAGUCCAUCAUUCAUCCAGCAGACCUCCAACUCUCCAUUCCGGGGUUCCUACAGUCCCUCAUCAGGCCAGAACUUCUACCCGCGCCUCCCCUCCUCCCACCCGGGCCUGUCCCAGGACCACCCUCCAUCCUCCUUCCCCAUUCACACCACCACCCCCACCUCCUCGUCAGACUCCAGGUCGCCAGCAGCAGCGGGCUCUCUACACCAGCAGAGUGGCAGCAGUAACGUGGACGUAGGCCACGGCUACGGCGGCAGCAGCAGCAGCCACUUAAAAGCGAGCCUUUUGAACAGCGGCGGCCUGGCGGGGACUCCCACCCAGGGACCCAGGGCCCACCCAGGGCAGACUAAAACAGACUUGAGCACCCAGGCCAACAGAGGGAGCCAGCAGCAGGCGUCUCGCAGCCUGAAGUCUGGCAGCCCUGGCCAGGCGGCGCUGCAGGCCAGCUCCAGGCUGCUGUCGGCCUCUGCACCGACUCACUAUCCACAGAGAGGGACAAGCCUCAGUCAGUUCCAGCACUCCCCUCUUCAGGGGCCGGGAGUAAGGACACAGUCAGGAAGCUUUUAGGACCUUGUUCAAGUAUGUGUGAGCGUGUGUGUGUGCGUGCGUAUGUGUGUGUGUGCGUGUGUGUGUGUGUAUGAAGCUGCGUACCUCCUCAAACCCCUAAAACCUGCAGUGAAAUUGGGCUCAGGGGUGUUCGGGGAGGAGAAAUGUACAGACCUAAGAGGAGCACGGACUUCUUUACGGAUUUCUCCUUUUUUCCUUAUUUUUCUGUCUUUUUUUCUUUCUUUAUUUUCAGAAAAAAACAAAUGACCACAUUCUGCACAAAGCUAAUCAUUGACUCGUGACAUCAUUUAACAGAAUCAAUGGAGAAAAAAAAAAACGAUUUGGAUUUACACAUUCUGGAGAAAAAACAAAAAAACAAAGCAAGAAAUCACAUGUAAGUUGAAAUUGUCCCCAGUGUUUCGUCGUGUGCCGGACUGUGCAAACAGGCUCUGUAAUGUGGGAAAGUCAAAACUUCCACACCAACGUCUGUACAAAGUUAUAAAAAAAAAAGAUAAAAGAACCCUACCUGUCGUCAUGGUACCCAGGUCGGAUAAAUGCUGAGAUGCAUAUGUUAACUGAAAGAGUUGUUUUAUUUUUCAACUUCUUUUUUUUUGUUGUUUUUUUUUGUCAACGUUACUUUUUAUUUUAUUUUAUUUUUUGAUUUGGCGAGUGGCCGAGUCUGUGCUGCAGUAAAUAAGUGUUUGAUUUGGAAAGGGUGGGGGUGGGGAGGGGGCGGGAUAUAAUACAAGGUCAACACGUCAAUCAUCCGUUCUAAAGAUGCAUUAGAGAGGCGGGGAGGAGGAGGAGCUUUCUCCUUGGAUAGGAUCAUUCCAUAUGAUUACCAGCUUCCAUGUUCUCUCACUAAACAUUAAAAAAAACAGCCCUUUUUUUUUCUUUUUCUUUUUUUCUCACAAAGUUCUCCGUCUGUUCCAACGUUCUUGUUGUUUUUCUGUUCUUUCAUCCCUACUGGACUCUUUUCUUUUGUUUGUUAUUUCACUCUAGUACUACUUCACUGUAGACUUCGGAUAUUGUACUUGAGACGUACAGGUCUUAUGAUUCAUGGUGCUGCAUUAUUGUUUUGUUUUUUUUCCAAUAAAUUUGAAAUCCAGUUAUGUUCCCCACCUACGACUGCAUUCAUCUUGUCAUUAUACCCGUUUUUUUCUUUUUUUUUUCUCCCACAUGUCAUCUAAUCAUAUUUUCUAGCGAUGGAAUGCAGGAACAAAAAUAAAAGGCAAAUAAUCCAACUUUAUUUCUAAGCUAAAAAAACGUUGGGUUUGACUGUUUUUAUUCUGCAGGAUUUCUUUAAAUAUAUAAAUAUUAUAUAUAUAUAAAUAUAUGUAUUUUUUUCUGACCAAUCCUCGCAUUCCGUGUGACACUGAGGGAAAAAAAUGAAGCAGGGAAGGGAUCUCUGAAGGAGUGUUUGGAUGGUUUAUAAAAACUAGAUUAAAAAAGAAAAACAAGCUGCUAUGUUCUCCUGUGAGAGCUGCUUCCCUUUCCACAGAAUGCUGUAUUUUUUUUUUUUUUUCAUUUUUUAA